CUGCACGCUGUGAUCAAAAACUGUGAUCAUCUGUAAUGUUUUUAGAAGGUUAAAACAUAUUUAUAAAUAACCUAGAUCCCCAUUUGACACUGAGUGGCUUCUGAAUUCUGAAAUUCAUAGAAGAUACUGCUUGCUUUAGUGUGAAGUUUAAGGUAAAGGAUGCCAGACUGUUAGACAUUUUUUUGUUAGUGGUGCUUUGAAAUAAGUAAAUCCCAGUUGCAUAUACAGCUUGUGUAUUAACAUAUAGUAUGUCAGAAAAUGCAGUCUUAAGGAACACUGAGAUAUAGUGAGAUUUUUCUGUGCUCUUAUAGUUCCAAUAGCCUCAUUUCCAGUAUUAUUAACUGUUUGCUAAAAGGAGAAUGCAUUGACUCCAGUACAAAUACGAGCUUUCUACAGUUGUAAGUCUCUAAUUUUAUGAAGUAGCUGUAGGACCAUGUUGCAAAGUAAAUGGAUACUAGAAAGUGUCGUUGUACAUAGGACAAAUGGUGCAUUAAAUGCCUUAUUUCACUGCAGGGAAAGGUACAGCCUUUUUCUAAAGUGGUGGAUUGGUUAUUCAAUAAACCUAGUCUAGCUGGACACAGGUUAUGCUUAGAGGGAGAAAAAAGAGUACAGAUAGCAAAAGGGUGCUCAGCUAACUUGAAGGUUACUUCACUCUGAAUCGAAAGAGAUGCUGCUAGUGCAAAACAAUCAGUGACUUCAGACUGCAUUAAGCACUUUGGUUUUACUAGGUUAGCAGGUAGGACAGAGCUGUAGAAAUCUACUUUGGCUGUAAUUUAAUUGCUGUUAAAAUAAUUUACGUAAGGAAUACCCUUGACCAAACAGGCAAAGAGCCUGGACCAUACUUGCUGACAGUACUCAAAGUCACAUUCACAAAAGAAAAGAAGCUUAGUGUUGUUAUCAGACAGGAGUGCAGAAUCUUAAUGGGAAAUAGCUGAAAGAUGAGAAACCAAGCUUGUGCUUGAAGAUCAGGUAUGUUUUCUAGUUGUAGAGAGGCCCAAAGUUGUUUUAGAAGAGUCAGUAAAACUGGUAUCGUUUGUGACAGAAGGGAAGCUGCCUGAGCAUCUUCUGCAGUAUGCCCAGAAAGCAAAAAAACGUGGUUAAUCAAAUCCCUUAGGAGAGGAUAUACUGCCUGGUUAUCCCUUGAAAGUAUUUGCUUUCCACAAUUUCAAGCUGUUCCUUUUUCUAGUAUAAUAUAGCAUUUCUUAAAAUCAUAUCAGAUAUUAUAUAACAGUAAGGAAGAAACUAUGUGCUGGCCUGGUUAAAUAAAACUGAUGCUUCAGAGAGGAAGAGCUGCUUUCAAUUCUGUGUGAUGUUUUCUUCAAAUUUGCCAUGUCUUAGUUUUGCAUAAGCCACCUGCCAAAUCCCAGCUGUAUAUAGUAUCAAAAUGCGCUUGUGCUCAAUACUAAGUCUUCUACCUCUUAGUUCGACGAUCAGUAAGGUUAAAGGGUUGUCUUUUAUUGUCUUUGGUGUUCUAUUCUGGGCCUUCAGUUUCUGAUUAAAUGGCCAGUCAGUGUGGCUUUUCAGUUGGCUGACAGUUUUAGUUAUCAGACCUUAAUAGGAUCAGACUUAGGUAGCAGCUGUGGAAAAUAUUAACCCAUAUAAGCAGCUGCCAGGCAGGAAGGCAUACUUUAUCCUUGGAAAGGUGUUAUUAGUGGAGAAUUUUUUGCCUGCAGCCUCACCGUAUACUGGGGGAAGCCAGUCUACCUUUAAAACAAUCUCUGGACCUCAGCAGCAUUGACAGAACUGUACUUAGCAGUUGUCACAGAUUACCUCCACCCUGAGAAAGCAGAAUUACCUGUGCAGAGUCUGAUUGUUACAGACCAGUAUUUAACAGAACUGCUUUGUAGGCCAUACUUCUCAUCCUUAUUUUUCCCUGCACAAAGCUUUUUUCUUUUUGAGACUGUAAUCCUUUGUUACCUGCUGUAGUCUUCCCUCCAUAUUUAGGGAUUUCCUCAGGCAUAGCAACACCUUUAUUUAUGGUUGUGCCUUUGCAUAACACAAUAACUGCGGUAUUUUCUGAUCAUCUUUUUUCAUCUACUGAUGUGGCUUCUGACUUUCACAGCAAGUUCCUGAUCCUCACUUAAGAUCUUUGGAUUAACCACACUGUCAGUAACCCUUUUGAUUCUUUACUUCUUUUCCUGUUCUUUUAGUACACAUUUUAGAGGAAGUAAGAAAAUGCAAUGCUUCACAUUACUUAUAAACAACAGUAUUCGAGCAUUGUUUUCUUUUAAUUUAGACCUCCAAAGCUUAAAUGACAUGCAGGCAGAUUUGUAAUUUUUGCAUUCACAGAACAAAAUCACCAGGAUCACUGAUUUCAUGCCCUGAAGUAAAGGCAACAUACCCUUCAUGGGAUUUUCUGUGCAUCUCAACAAAGUAUUCCUACCUUUUGAGAACUCCAGACUGAGUCUGAAACAGUCGAGGCACUGUCAGUAUUGCUGUGUGUAUCAACUGAUACUUCCUCCUCUUAGUGGUUUUCUGACAUGGAACUAAACAGAAUCCUUAGCAUUAGUUCAAAAUCAGUACCCUUUUUGUAAAGGAAACUAAGAUGAAAAGUCUUGAUAACAUUCAGUAGAAAGCUCAACUUUCAAUAUGCUGUAGCCCUCAGUUUCACCCUGUAGCCUGGACACAGAUUAUUAAUACUGCUGCUCUCACCUCUGGCUGAUACUUCAUUAGCCCUAUCUAACAAACAAAUAUUAACCCAGGUCAGUCAUUCAGAGGGCCAGAUUUUAACAUGUAUAAGCUAUUUUUUUUUUCUUCUGUCUCUCUAUAUAGUCUUACUAUUUAUGAACUUAGGCAGCAAUAAAACAAUAAACCUUCAAACUUUUGCUUUCUCGCUGCCCAGUUCAGAAUUCAGGUUUCCUUAUGCCCUGUGGCAUUUGAAGAUAGUUCUGACCCUUUGCACGUAUCUAUUAAAUUCCAGCCUGCUAGUAUACUCUCACUGAGCACUUUAAAAUAAGAGAACUGAAAAUGCUCAAGAAUGCAGGCAGUUACACAGUGAACAAAUAUUUGAAGUUCACCCAUACUUUGAAAACUAAGGCAGACAACUCAAACCAUUGCUUUAACAGAAAGAAGGCAGCAGUGUUUGUAAAAGUUCCUUGCUGUCAGAAUACUACUUUACAACCAUCUUGAAGCUUGUUUAGGCAGAUUUCUAGCAUUUUCUGCCAAUAUGAGCAAAUGAAUUUCCAUAGAUCAGAAAACAGAUGCCAGUAUAAAGCUGUUCCAGAGCCCCAAACAGUUGUAGUAAGUACGAAGAGAUGUAUCAUGAAAGAAGUUCCUAAUAUGACAGAGAACUUCAGCAUGCUGUCAGUAAGGCCGUUUCAGUCUGAAUAGGACUGGGUUAAUGCUGGCACUGUAGGUAGAUAAGUCUUCAAGUCCGUUCAGUCAUCAGAAUCAUUGGUAAGUUAAGUUAGAGGUGGAUUUCCUGAAGCAAGUGCUUUUUCACUAACAGCUGCCAGCCUCCUGUGGGUGUCAAAAUAUACGGACCAAUAUAUUAUGUAAACAAUUUUAUAAACAGAUGUUUUGCCUUUUCAGGUUUGUAGAACCCGCCCACCAGCGCUUACAUACCUCAUCCAAUUAAUUUUUAACUGUCAGGGCAAUGCAAGCACAGUGAAGAAAAACAACCCCUUUAAACCAAACAGCACCAGCACCAAUAUUUAGUUAUUUGGAAUGUAAAAUUCGCUCUGUUGUUUUUAGAAUGUUCCGUGUGUAUAAUCCAGAACCUGUUGUGUGAAUUGAAAAUACCAUAUAUCAUCCUGUAAGUCCCUCAACUGAACUGACCUGCUGAAACGGCAUACUCUGAUUCAGUGACCAUUUGUGUGCAAAGAACUUUCAGCUUCAUUAUGGUGCCUGUGAAGAAUAGAAAGUUUGGGUGGUUUUUGUGCUGUAUAUUUUAUUUCAUAAAAUACGAAGCAGCUGUCAAGCAUUACUGUAUUGAUCACCAGUAAUUAGGAAAGCAGAAGGUUCUGUCACAGCUCUGUUUUUAGAUCUUCACAGGUAUUUCCCUUUUAAUCUCUGCGUUUAUGUGAAAUAGCACGUCAAGAUAACACCAAGAUACUGCCUUUCUUUGUGUAAGGAAAAAAGCAGGAGUGCAUCAGGAAGUGCCAGGUAUUGUGGGAGUGAUGUAUGGGGUGGAAAACAGCAGCAUAGGCAAGCAUGGGCUGGGCUGAAGGAAGAAAUGAACUGCCUUGCCUUCUGAGUUACUUGGGAUUUGUAUGUUAAGCAGUCUGCAUUUUCAAUAUAUACAGCAAAGUGGAGUAUAUGAAAUAAAGGGGAAUUAAAAUUCUACCAUCUGUGGUUUAACUUGCGCUGCCUAAGUAACUUACUGCAAAACUAUUUAAAGUUUACUUACACUUGCAUAAGAGACUGAACGAUACAUUUAUUUCAAUAAAAAUAUAUACAGUAUAUUCACGGGAGCAGCUCUCCUCGUUAAAGAAAGCCGGCAGCGUCCCGGAACGGAUCUCCUGCUACGCGCGUGCUGGAAACGCGCACGCGGCCCUUAGGAGAGCGGGGCAGCCGCCCGCAGCGCGCCGCCACGCGGCUUUGCGACAGCCGCCCCUGACGGCCGUGCCGUAAAGCGCGGCGCUGCCGGCAUGGGGAAGCGGCGCGGCGGGAGGGAGCUGGCGCGCGGCCUGAGCAAGCGGCAGAGGAAACACCUGCGGCAGUUCGGGGAGCAGCACCCCGUGUGCGACCGGGUUUCUGGAAGACCAGAAGCAACUCAAAUAUGUGAACUGUCUGACAAUUCUGAUAAAUCAAGUGCGGAAAGUGAUUCAGAGACUGAGGUGGAACAAGUCUCUGUCUAUCACAAACUUCUGGCUACCCUGAAGGCAUCUCCUGAGUCUGAGAGUGAGGAGGAGGAAGAUGAAAGUGAAUCAGAAGAAUCUGGGGAGAGUGAGACAGAACUGGACAGUGAAGGGUCCCAGGAGCCCAAAGAAACUGUUGGAGGUGAAGAAGAGCAGAAUGAUGUACAAGAGCAAGAAGAAGUCACAGCUAAAGACCCACCAGAACAGGCGCUUGGCCAGGAGCAGGCUGAUGGAGUGGAAACUUCCUGUGACCCGAAUCAUGGAGCAAUUGAGGAGUUUACUGAUGUGAAACAUGAAGCUGAGUUUAGCUUGGAAACCAAUUUCAUGGAAGAGGAGAACGGAGACUGCGAUGCAGACAAGAGAGAGAGCAGUUCUUCACAAGCCUUUUCAGAAGAUCCCUUUAAGCAGCACAUGAACAAAGAACUUGAAGAAAAAGAAGUAGAAAAAAUAUCUACGCUUUCUAAAACUUCAAGUCAAAGCAAGUGGCCAAGGCUGGGUCAGCUCACUUUUUCAUCCACUUUGGAGAAGCAUACAACUUUAAAACUAGACAAAGAAUUCAAUAUGAAACAGCUUUAUCUUCACAAGCCUUUAGAAUCCACUUGGCCAAAAGUGAAUAAACAUUUCCUGUCCUCAGCAAGCAAACCAAGUGAUUCCUCUUUUACCCCAUUACAAAGAGAGCUCUUCUGUAUUAUGAAUACCUACAGGGACUUGUUCUAUCCGGAGAGAAAUGCUUUAACAAAUGGAGAAGAAAUCCGGCAUGCAUACUGCUUACAUGCCUUGAACCACAUUCUGAAGGCAAAUGCCCAGGUGCUCAGCAACAAUGCCAAAAAACGAGACCAAAAGCCAGGGACUGACAGUGAUGACUACAGGGAUCAGGGGCUCACCAGACCUAAGGUGCUGAUGAUAGUGCCCUUCCGGGAAUGCGCUUUGCGAAUUGUGCACAUUUUCAUCAGUCUUCUUGAAGUGAAUGAGAAAAGAAAAAUAGAUGUAAGUAAUAAAAAGCGCUUCAAAGGGGAAUUUGGCUCUGACCCAGAUGAGAAGCCCCCCAACCUGAAAAGACCUGAAGAUUAUGAGGCCAUCUUCGCUGGCAACAUUGAUGAUCAUUUCAGAAUUGGGGUUGCGAUUCUUCAAAAGAGCAUGAGAUUGUAUGCACCAUUUUAUUCAUCAGACAUCAUCAUUGCCUCUCCCCUGGGUAUGAGGACUAUUAUUGGCACAGAGGGAGAGAAGAAGAGAGACUUUGAUUUUCUGUCAUCCAUAGAAAUGCUCAUAAUUGAUCAGGCAGACAUUUACCUAAUGCAGAACUGGGAACAUGUUCUGCACCUGAUGAAGCACAUUAACCUGCUGCCUUUGGAUUCCCAUGGGGUAGACUUUUCCCGAGUGCGAAUGCCAAACCUCAAUAACUGGUCCAAGUACUACCGCCAGACGCUGCUGUUCAGUGCUCUUCAAGAUCCCCAGAUUAACGCUAUCUUCAACAAACACUGCUUCAAUUACAUGGGGCAGGUGGCUGUCCGCAACGUGCCGCUGAUCGGCUCCAUUAGCCGUGUUGUGGUCCAGCUCCCUCACGUUUUCCGGAGGAUAGAAGCUGAAAAUUUAACUUCUGUAAUAGAUACGAGGUUUCAGUUUUUCAUCGACAAGGUUUUGCCUGAGUACCGCGAUGCCAUCAUGUCACACACGCUCAUUUAUGUUCCAUCAUAUUUUGACUAUGUGCGACUUCGAAAUUAUUUCAAGAAAGAGGAGCUGAAUUUUACUCACAUUUGUGAAUAUGCUAAAAAGGCCGGCAUCUGCAGAGCGAGGCGGUUCUUCCUCAAGGGAGAGAAACAGUUCUUACUGCUCACCGAGCGCUUCCACUUCUACAAAAGGUACACCAUAAAAGGCAUUCGGAACCUCAUUUUCUACGAAUUACCAACUUACUCCCACUUCUACAGUGAGUUGUGUAACAUGAUGAAGGCCACUGACAGUGGAGUGGAUGCUACUUGGACGUGCACUGUGCUCUACUCCAAGUACGAUGCUCAGAAAUUGGCUGCAGUGGUUGGCAUAGAUCGCACUGCUCAAAUGCUACAGUCCAAGAAAAAUGUGCACCUCUUUGUUACAGGAGAAAAUGAAUAAGUGGCAAGAUGAUUGGAUGGACCUGGAUUUUACUCCUAAUGUAUCUUUUGAUGUUACUUCUAAAAAGCGUUUUAAACUUUUUAGUCACUUUUGCUAAGUAUUCUGUUCAUAGAGUAUUACUUUUUGUAUUCAAGUUUCUGUCCAACAAGAAACAGAGGCUGUCAUUCAAGAAAGCAUGGAUUGCAAGGUUUCUUCUGUAUAUAAAGGAAAUCAAGGGUUGUUAUGUAUUGAAAAAAUCACUGGUCAGUAAAGAUUGGUGUUUUGAUAAACACCCCUCGAUUGAAUUGCUUCAUUUCAUUUUAUGGUAGAGCAAACUCUUCUUCCGUUAUUAAAGGAAACUUUUUCCUUUAAUCUAAAUAAAAAAUUGUGCCUGGGUAUGAAGGGCAAUGCUAUUUUAUAGACCAGUGGUUGUGCAUACCAGGGAAGUGUUAUGGUGCUGCCUCUUUUUUUUUUAAUAAUCACACUAAUGUAAAAUAAAUUCCCUCAGGUAAAUGCAUAGGCACUUAAUUUUAGCUAGUUUUUUUCGCAUUCUUGAUUCCUGUAUUUCUCAGAGACUGUGAACUUAACGUCAUUAAUUGAAGUCCUGAAAUCAUUCAGCAGAUGUGCAAAUAAAUCCACGUGGUUUCUUGCUUUACCUUUUAAUUCAGGAUUUCUGUGAAGUACCUCCACUGUAAAACACAAGAAGGAAGAGCCAAAGCCAAAUCCUCCUCGUGGACAUCUGCAGCCGUGCAGCAAGGGCAGCCAGAGCAGCAAAUGAGGAUUCCUGUUGCGUGUGGGAGAAUCGUGGAUGUGUGUAUAAAAGCAGGCACACAAAACAGGAUUAAGGCAUUUUCUUCCUACUCCGGAUGUGCUUAGUCUGAUGAGUAACUGACCUCCAAGGAAGCUAAAAUGGCAUAGCUACUUAGGGAGAUAAGUUGGUGCAGCGCAGCGACUGUUUAAAGAAACAGCAAGAGUUGCAUUCCAAAACCUUAGUGAGGAGUUCUCUGCCUCCACUGAAGCUAACAGCAAGGCAAUGUCUUCAAAGUAAGGCCAAAUUGUAGUUGGAGACCCUCAUGAUUUUUGUUGCUUAUCUGCUUUGUUCCAAAGAGCAGUAUGCUUUGAAAUUUGAAA